ACGACGGGAUGGGAAUGUACAAUCCUGAUGGCUCGCUAAAAGCGUAUGCACCGAAAGUGCACAUGAAUGCACAUGGAAACUCGCAAGAAGAAAGAGUCUCAAGGAAGAGCCGCAGGGCUGAAUCACUUACAGAUGCCGAAGACUUCGUCAUACCAGCUGGCUACGUGGCCAAGGAUACCGACGCAAAGCCGUCAAUCAAGCCAGGCACUGACGAGCGCGUCAAAGUGACACUGUGCAGCAACCUGACAGUGGGGGAUGGGGAUGAGGCCUUCUCGGGCCUGAGCCCAACUCCUGAAGCUGAUGGCGAGGCACUGGGCGCCAGGGGCCUGAGCGAGGCUAAGAAGGCGUUUCUGUACGACAGCAGCGUGGAGUUGGGAGACGCUGGAGGGGACGCCAGAUCAGACGCGGCCACAGAGGCCAAGCUGCUGUCCCACAUGAAGCAGCUGGAGCUCAGCGGAACUGCUGGCAACAUUCUGCUGCCCGUCGAGGCGGCAGAGCCGUCGCCGCCGUGCCGCGCCAGCCACCGGGGAUACAUGGCGGCGCAGCUGCGCAACAACUCCUGCUUCACCUUUGGUGAUGACGCCGCGUUAGACGCGCCCAAGCCAGCACGGGCGCAGCCGCCAGCCGGGCGCCGCCAGCCGCCAGGUGGCACCUCCAGCUUCAGCGUGGGCUGGUGAUCACUAAGCGGGCAUCAAGCGUACUAGUAAGGCUUCAGCCUUCUGGCAAUUGGCAGGCGGCUUCAGUGGGCUGGUUGCCACUGAGCGGGCGUCGGCGUUACUAAGAAGGCAUCAGCCUUACGUAAGUCAUGCGGUAUCGCCCUGAUCAG